CUCCGGUGCGGGAUGGCCGCGGAGCGGAGCGGAGCUGGUCCGCUGCUCCUGGCGCCGGCUCUCAGGCCUAAGACAUGGCCCGGGGUCCUGGCCCGCUAGGUCGGCCUCGCUCCGAUACGGUAGCCAUGCCCAAAAGAGGGAAGCGUCUUAAGUUCCGGGCCCACGACGCCUGCUCCGGUAGAGUGACCGUGGCGGAUUAUGCCAACUCCGAUCCGGCCAUCGUGAAGUCUGGACGGGUCAAGAAAGCCGUCGCCAAUGCUGUUCAGCAGGAAGUAAAAUCUCUUUGUGGCUUGGAAGCCUCCCAGGUUCCUGCAGAGGAAGCUCUUUCUGGGACUGGUGAGCCCUGUGACAUCAUUGACAGCAGUGAUGAGAUGGAUGCCCAAGAGGAGAGCAUUUAUGAGAGAACCAUCUCCAGAAAAAAGAAAAGCAAGAGGCACAAAGAAGACCUGGACAGGGCUGGAGGAGAAGAGUAUCCUAUGGAUAUUUGGCUCUUGCUGGCCUCCUACAUCCGUCCUGAGGACAUUGUGAAUUUUUCCCUGAUUUGUAAGAAUGCCUGGACUGUCACUUGCACUGCAGCCUUUUGGACAAGGUUGUACCGAAGGCACUACACGCUGGAUGCCUCUCUGCCUUUGCGCCUGCGACCAGAGUCAAUGGAGAAGCUGCGCUGUCUCCGGGCGUGUGUGAUCCGAUCUCUGUACCAUAUGUAUGAGCCAUUUGCUGCUCGAAUUUCCAAGAAUCCAGCCAUUCCAGAAAGUACUCCCAGCACACUAAAGAAUUCAAAAUGUUUACUUUUCUGGUGCAGAAAGAUUGUUGGGAAUAGACAGGAACCCAUGUGGGAAUUCAACUUCAAGUUCAAAAAACAGCCCCCUAGGUUAAAGAGCAAGUGUUUGGGAGGCUUGCAGCCACCCAUUCAAUAUGAAGAUGUUCAUACCAACCCAGACCAGGACUGCUGCCUACUGCAAGUCACCACCCUCAAUUUCAUCUUUAUUCCAAUUGUCAUGGGAAUGAUAUUUACCCUGUUUACUAUCAAUGUGAGCACGGACAUGCGGCACCAUCGAGUGAGACUGGUGUUCCAGGAUUCUCCUAUCCACAGUGGUCGGAAACUACGCAGCGAACAGGGUGUGCAAGUCAUCCUUGACCCAGUGCACAGCGUUCGGCUCUUUGAUUGGUGGCACCCUCAGUAUCCGUUCUCCCUGAGAGCGUAGUUAUUAUUUGCCAUCCCUGGGGACUGUCCUGAGCUAGGCCAGUCCAUUCGUAAUCACAUCCUGGUUUGGCAGCUGGGUUGUGCAUCUGGUUAGGAAUGUACAUGAUCUUCGGGUUCCAGGGGCUUCUGUUAGGGGAGGGAGAGGGGUUGAAUGAAGAGGAAACCAACUAUGAUUUAUAAACAUAUUUUCAUGUAAACAUUUGCAUUUGAAAGGAGAAACCUGGCUCUGUUUUCUGUGUUAAAACCCCAUUUGGUGCUAUUGAGUUUGUUUUUCUUUAUUUUAUCCUAUUGAAAAUGGAUGGUCUUGUUCUAGGGAAAAAGUCUUGACUUUCCAAACAAGGAAGUUUCAGCAUUCCCUUAAGGAUCAGGGGAACCAUAGAAGUCUAAAAUUGUUCCUACUGCUGCUUCCAAUUUAGCUGCCCCUCAAAUCUAAGUGAUUCAUCCUAUACCCUUCUCCAGAAAUAAAGUAGAUGAUAGGGUUUUCAGAAUCUUA